AUGAUAAAUAUCAUAUAUAUUAUUUUAUAUACCAAUUUAUUCCCAAACCGAUAUAGAUUGAUCUAUCAAAAUAAAAUUGUUAUAAUCAAAAUUUCCAAUUAUAUAAUUAAAUUUGACGAUAAUGCUAAAUUACCAAAUUAUAAUGUUUUAUAUAUACAAAUAUAUACUUGUGAACAUAAUAAUCCAUUAUUAGUUUAUUUUAGAGUUUCUAUAGGAUGA